UUUAGAUUUUUAUGGAAGUAGGGCUACUUUUGUUUCUGCCAGAUUUUCUGCUUUUUCACAGACUGCGAGUAAACAAUAAUGCUACCGAUGGAAAUCUUUUGAAACACUAGGGAUGCCGUUUGGUGUUUCAACGGCGUCCUGGGGCUCCAAAAGAGGGCUUAUGUUAACAAGUGGAGCGGCUUGGUUCUCCAAUGGGAAAGUGUCUGUCAUGUUGUGAGCCACCAGGGCCUCCUGGUACGAAUCUAGCACCAUCCUGUCCAGCCGCGAUCCCCACCUCUCACUCCAGGUCCUCUACCGGCUUCUCUACAUCCGACUCCAAGGACACGAAACAUCCCGUAUCGAGCACCGACAGCAAUCCCAUCCUCGUCGGCAAACCACUGGUGUCACCCACGGAGAAGAAAAUGUUUGCUCAAUACACGAAACUUCCACCAAUAACCAAAAGCAAAAGCAAUGGAGAGAACAAGAGAAUGUCGCUGAUUGCAAAAGAUUUUUCCGAAGCCAAAGCUUUGCUGCUGUUUGAUCUGUACAAGGAUCCGACAGAGAAUGCUAUGCUGGCCGAAGGCAUUGAAAAAUUCUGCAGUGAUCUGGACGUGAGGCCCGAAGAGUUCAUUGUGUUGGUACUCGCCUGGAAGUUUGAGGCGGAAAUGAUGUGUCGGUUCACGAAGGAUGAAUUCACAAAUGGUUGUAAGAAUCUCAAAUGCGAUUCCAUCAAGUCUAUCCAGGCCAAGUUUCCCGAACUGCUAGCCGAGGUGCAGAACAAACAGUCAUUCAAAGAGUUGUAUCGGUGGACGUACAAGUUUGGUCUGGACGUGGAAUCUGGACAGAGGACUUUGCCUGUUGAUAUGGCUGUCAGCCUCUGGAAGUUAGUCUUUUCACAGCAUGAACCCACCAUGUUGGACCAUUGGUUAGAAUUUAUUGAGAAGCACCCGACUAUACGAGGCAUUCCAAAAGACACGUGGGAUAUGUUUUUAAAUUUUAUUGAGCAGGUCGGAGAUGAUCUUAGCACAUACGAUGACACCGAGGCAUGGCCCAGUCUCUUGGAUGACUUUGUAGAGUAUGAGAAUGACCGACAGAAUCAAAACGUCAAGGAAUAGCAGCAAAUAUCAUCUUGGACUAAUCAUACACACAUGAAGCCACGCACAACAAAAGUAUUUACAGCAGUGUAGCAUCUUUUAAAAAAGUAACCAUGGCAUGGUAAGACACUUGUACAAGACAUGAACAUUCUCCAAGCUAUUUCAUAACGAUGAUUCCUCUGGUUUUUCUCUUGCAUUGGGAAAAUCCGUAAUGUGCUCUAUAGGAUCCCAGAAUAGACACAGUGCCAUGCUUUUAAAAAGAUUAGUUUUAAUAUUAUACUAAAAAAAAGAUUUUAUUGUUGGAAAGGUGAUCACGUUACACUAAUGUGAGAUUUUGGUGGGUUUUUUUAGAAAGCAUGUUUUAUCAUACAUACUGCAUACAAUAUGGCAGAAAUAUAAUGAGAAUUAUUCCACCCAUUUAUUAGAAGUAUCUUACUAUAACAUGGUUACUAACUGUGGAGUCUUCUGCUGAAGUAUUUCACGUAGUCACUACGUUGCUGGAAAUACUUUCUUCUUGGUGUGUGUCACUAAACCAUGAACUAACCUGCUCAAAUGGAGCUGUAUAUUUAAGCACAGUGUUGCCAGUCACAAGCCACUGCUCAGUUCCAUUUCACCAGUGGUUUUCUAGCAGGGUAUUUACAGUGUUUCUAGGUUGGAAAUAGCAGCUACCAUGCAGUUUUUAGUCUUUACUUGUAAUUCAUAAAUAUCCGGCAAACUAUUUUUUGAUUUUCAUCUUGUAUGGAAUUCUCAUUACUAAUAUAUCAGAGUUUAUGUCCAGAACAGGUAUUCUCGAAUAUUGUUUUGUUUGGAUAUUAGGACAGCAUACAUGCAGGUUAAGUAUUGAUACAGAUAGAUGGGGGGAAAAGGACAGACAUAUUUUAUUGUUAAUUUCCUGGACAGAAGUAUAAUAUAGUAAAAGGUUGUAUCUAUUAGUGUUUCCCACAAGACCCAGGUAUUCCAUGGGCCAUCAAAACAAAGCUCCUUAGGGUUCAUGCACCCUUUGUGUGCUUGAUUUGCAGAGUUCCAAAACCUGGGCCCCAUUCCACGAAGCAAUGUUAGUGAUCUUAGCACUAACAUAGCUUUGUGAAACGGGGCUCUGGUGUUUGUCAUCAUCAGUGUACAUUGUAGGGAAAAUACUGAUAUAGCUUGGACAUGCUUUACCUUUUAGUGAAAGUAAGUAGGGGUGGGUAAAUGGAUACCAUAGCUUAACUAGACCCUGUUUUUCCAAUAUUGUUAAUAUCGGUUCCAUUUUUCUGGUCAUACCAUUCACAUAUAUAUUUUCAUCCUUUUGUAUUGGGAGAUUUGCCCAUCACUAUAAAUUGUUUUGUCAUCCACAAUUACAUUUUUAUUGGAUAUACUCGCAUUACACUGUUCCUGUUUGUGCAACCUCUUGGUGGUCUGCUAGUGGUCACAUUGUCAUAUGUAUGGAGUUGUACGAUUGCUUCCUUGAAACACAAUAUACUCUGGCGGGAAACCACGGGAGAAAUAGGAAGUCAAGCAGACCCAUUGACUGUGCAGGUCUGACAAUUAUCAAUAUAGUUUUGUUUGCCUUAAUGUGCUGCCAAUGACAGAACAAAUAUGUGUAUAUUGAUAAAUACCUGUAUCGUAUCAUUCACCAUCAUCAUGAAAUGAGGAAAAAACAUACCCUUGCCAUCACAGUGUGGCAAAGAUUGAUUCUUUUAAGAUAUUGCCAAGGCUAUUUUUAAAAUUCCAUCAACCCUCAAUUCAGAAAAAUGAAGCAGGGGAAAGUAGUUUGACCAUUUCAUUAAUAACCUGGUGUUAAGUGACAAGAGAUCAAGGUAUACUGAUUGAAAGAAAUAAGGGAUCACACGAACACCAACUGGAAAGAGUGACUGCAAGCAAAACUCUCAUCCACAGUGUAAGGAUGUCAGCAGUGUUUCUGGCAUUCCAUUUCACGUUACAUCUUUAUGCUUUAAAUAGAGACAUUACGACACUAAUAGUGAUUGAAAUUCACUGCCAUAACAUUCACAUCGAUGCCAUGUGUUCUCUUAUUUAUUUCUCUUAACUAGUAUAUUUCUUAUGGUGGUCAUUUUGGUAGGUUCACAUUGAUAAAUAUUGUUUAAAAUUACUUAUACUUUUGUCAUUCUCACUAAAACUGUGACGUGUAGUGUUGCCCAUUCGGGGUGUACAUGCUGAUUUCAAAUUAAAUAACAGGAAGGUUGCGAUUCUCAGUGUGUAUGGGAACAGGUAUAUGUAUAAUGCAGAAAUGUGUUUUACGUACAUCAUACAUUUCUGCGCUCUACGUGUAUGUACCAAGUUUUUCAAAAUAUAAAAUGUCAUUUACAAAUUGUAUAUAAACAUGCACAAGUACUUUAGUUGGUGUUUAAUCAUAUAUCUGGUAAAUGUACUUAUAAAGUAAUUAAUUUGUUUAUGUGAUUUCAGUCCCAGAAUAUUUCACGAAUUUCAUAAAUAUAUGUACAACAGAGCAAGAAUCAACUGUUUUUGUAAAAGAAAUGCACUUUUUAAACUUGUAUAUAGUACAGUAUGUGGAAUAUGGUGCACAUAUUAAUGAUAGCAGGCACUUAUGUUGGUGAUAACCAAACACCCAAAGUGCAUUGAUGCGCUUGAAUACGGUUACUUCCAGUUAUUGAUACACCAAAUUUGAUUACAAAGUGCUUCGAUGCGCUACGGAGUGUUUUGAUGUGCUUCGAAGCGCUUUGAAACCCUUCCAGUUUAGUUCGGUUCUGUUUAAGACGUCACAUACGAAAGUGAUACAGGGAAUUCACAUCCUCCAUAUUGCAGGUUACUAUUGUACUGUAAAGGUAAAGGAAAACUGGAUGAUAUCAUGUGGAAGCAAAAAGACAGGUAAAUUACCCGACAUCAUUUGACAUGACGUCAUAUGAAAGCAGCAGAACCCACCUGUUACAUGAGAACUGUAGUUGGUGUAGCAUGGUCCAAAGCGCUUGAAUGCGCUUUCGUGGCCGGUUUAGCAACGGUGUCAUGAUCAACUUCCAGUUCUAUUUACUUCCAGUUCAAAGUGCAUGAAUGCACAUUGGCAAAACCAUAUUUGGUGUAGCACCAACAGUAGUGGCAAUAUGUGACUAAAUUAAUUACAACUUGUGUACGGGUCACUAUACAUAGUUGUGAAUUGCAACCUACCUACCGAGUCAAAAACAAUGAACUGAUUCUUGAAAAACAUAUUGACCAUAGUAUUUGAUAAACAAGACAAAUGUGGAUUUCUGUUUUACUGUAUGGUUUUGUGUGGUUGGCGUAAGGAACUGUAAUGUAAGUGAAUGAUAUAGAAUGUCUUCUGUUUAAUACCAUGGUGAUGAAAUGGUGUGUGUAUUAACAGUCGGUGUCCAGGCGUUUGUCUAGUCAUGUUGUUGCGACGCAAGCACCAGAACAGUGGUCGUACUGUGUCUGUCUUACAGGAUUUCAAACAAACCAAGGAAAGGAGUGUUUAGCAACACCCCAGCACAUUAUUUAAUCAGCAGUUGUUAGGCGUAGUAACUACGACACUUGGUCUAGAAACUGAAGAGAAGAAACCCACUACUGCCAUAUGGCUCAGGACUGAUAAAUAGCAAGAUAUGUUUCUAUAUGUGCGCUUUCACACAGACAGGAUAGUACAUACCACUGUCCUUGAUAAACAAGUCAUAGAACAUUGGUUGGAAUGGACAAAACCCAGUGGAUAUUUCAUUAUAAUUAUGUUUCAGUAAACUAGUAC